AUGCGUAAAUUCUUCGAGAGCCUCCAUUCGCAUAAACUUCUCACAAGCAAGAAGCGCCAAAAACGCUCAAUCGACCAUGACAACUGCCCAAUCAAUGGCCAAUCGUCUUUCCCCUUUUUCUCCCUUCCGCCAGAGAUCCGCAACCAAAUUUACUUUGCUCUCUUUAGCUGUGACCAAGCCAUUCACCUUUUCCAUGUUAAAGAAAACCUCUACCUACUUCGCUGCCGUCAGUCAACUCCGCACCUUGACGGGACCUGUUGCCCCCAUCUCUCCCUAGCCGACGGCGCCAUCCCGUCCAUACGCGAGUCCUUGGCCAAAAUCUCUCACUGCGAUGAUACAUGUAAGUCAAGAAUUAAGACGCCACAUUCAGCCCUCGCCCAUCUACCCACUUCCAUCCUAUACGCAAACAAGCAACUAUACAACGAGGCAGCCGCCGUGCUCUAUUCAGAACUCAGCUUCGAAGCCUCUGAGCUCAAGACUUGGAUCCUCUUUGCGCACAUGGUGUCACCUCACCAUCUGGCGCUCGUCAAGCGGUUGUGGAGCACCUGGAUUGGUUUGCCGUGUUUAACAAUGGCGCCGGUACGUCCUGGUGCGACCGGUUAUGCCUCGUACGAACAAUAUACGUUGUGGGACGAGCCGUGGGACGAGUUUUGGGCGAUUGUGAGCAGUAGGAUGGACGGCUUGGUGGAGCUUGGCUUUUGUAUGAAUUACGAUGCGCAGUAUUUGGAUCGAUCGACGGAGGCGAAGUGGCUGGAGCCUAUGUUGACGGUCAGAGGAUUAAGGAACCUCGACGUGUGGGUUCGGGAUAGGAUUGGGGGCCAGAGUAAUAGGCGUGGAGAGGAUGAGCCUGGAGCGAAGCGAGAGGGAGAGGCUUUGGUGCAAUUUUUAAAAGGGAUUAUGUGUCAGGGAAAACUGCGAAAACUGGUUGAUGGUACUCAUGGUGACCUUCCUGCAGAGGUAGUCGCUGGCGGUGAGAAAAAUUAA